UUUCGCUCGUUCCGUCAUUGACUGUGCCGCCGCCGUCGUCGUCGUUUCUUUGAAGAUUGCUGGUGAGAUCAUACCCCUUUUCUGCAAAAUGUGAACACAUAUAGAGUAUACUAGACAGGGUCAAAGUCAGUGAUUCAGAACUUAUUAAAGUGAAACUGAUUUGCAUAUCUACAUCAUCUUCAAAUAAUGGGUCUGAUUCCGGCUCAAUACUGUCCAUAGUUUUCCGGAACUGAAAUACUACCAUUUAAGGAAAUAUUUGUCGUGCAGCCCGGUGACCUACCUCGAUGGCCUAAAUAUACAAGUGAGAUCUUCACUAAAAGGCGUUGCUGAUGGUUAGUGUCCUAGAUUGUGGAAGUUUCAGUUAAAACCAGGUUUAGUGCAAUUUUAACCAAUAUGAACGUCAAAAGUUUUACUAGCUAGUCGUAUAUUAAUCUGGUUGAAUUUUUUUUUAUCCGAACUAGUGCUGAUCAUUUAAUAUUUGUACUUAAUUCUACCACACCUGAAGCUUAAUAAUUUGAUUUAUACCCAAUGAAUAUCCAUCAGCAUAGUAAAAGAACUGCAUAUACAAGCAUUGAUGCAGAAAAAUUGUACAAUGAAAAAAGAGAAGUUGCUUGAAAAAAGGAAAAACGUAGAAUUUUAUUUUUGGAAGUCAUUAGUGUAUAGUGUGUGCUGUGCUGUGUUUGUCACAUACGUGUAUCCAACUCUCGUUCGCGGUGGCGUGUAUUAAAAAUACCGCACAGCUCAAUGGUACGCUGUAUACAGCAAAUGUCAUACGUCUGAGAGUUCGAAGCGCGAGAAAGUCUCGUUACACUUCUCGAAAGCAGAAGAAUCAUAGUUAUACAGCUCGAGUAAUCGUGAAAUAAACCAGACAUCGGAUCAUUAGACGAUUUUGUAGGAUCGACUGAUUUUAUGUAACAAGAUAGUGUUGGAAAUUCAUAGUGAUCGUUAAUAGUGAUAAUUCCUGCAGGAAUAAAAUUUCUUCAACUGCAACAUCAUAAUUCAACAAAUGCAUUUUUAUUUACAUGUUCUUGGAUCUUUAAACACUAUAUGAUAUCUAUUUAAACGCUGAAGUGCUCUUUCAACCAAAAGAAGAGCGGAACUGCGGCGAGUUCAUACUACUCCACUAACAGGAAAUAAUCAAGCUCCGUCUGCAAAUAUGGUGAUAGGGGAAGAAACCAACAACGAGGAGGCAGCGCCUCCUCCACAGAUGUUUGCUCCGCAGAAGGCUACCAUUGAGAAUAUAAUGAGCGGAAUUGAAAAUACCGGAUCGGUGAAAAUGAACAAUCAUAGAAAAAAGUUGAGACAGCGAUUUGAUAUCAUCAAGAAACUCGGUCAAGGGACAUACGGAAAGGUACAACUAGGAAUUAACAAGGAAUCUGGACAGGAAGUCGCUAUCAAGACAAUUAAAAAAAGCAAAAUAGAAACAGAUGCAGAUCUCAUUCGGAUACGAAGGGAAGUGCAAAUUAUGAGCUCCGUGCAGCACCCCAAUAUAAUACACAUUUAUGAAGUGUUCGAAAAUCGUGAGAAAAUGGUUCUAGUCAUGGAAUUUGCAGCGGGUGGCGAAUUGUACGAUUAUCUCUCCGAGCGCAAGGUACUCUCUGAGGAUGAAGCUCGACGAAUCUUCCGUCAGGUUUCCACUGCAAUUUAUUACUGUCAUAAGCACAAAAUAUGUCACCGCGAUCUUAAAUUAGAAAAUAUACUACUAGAUGAAAACGGCAAUGCAAAAAUCGCCGAUUUUGGACUGUCCAACGUGUUUGAUGAGCAAAGACUGCUGGCGACGUUCUGUGGGUCACCGCUAUACGCAUCGCCUGAAAUUGUUAAAGGUACACCCUAUUUAGGACCAGAGGUGGAUUGCUGGUCACUGGGUGUUUUACUAUAUACUCUAGUCUACGGAGCAAUGCCAUUUGAUGGUGCCAACUUUAAAAGGCUCGUAAAGCAAAUUAGUCAGGGUGAUUAUUUCGAGCCGAAGAAACCAUCGCGAGCAUCACCACUGAUCAGAGAAAUGUUGACAGUUUGUCCACAGCGACGAGCAAACAUAGAGCAAAUAUGUAAUCAUUGGUGGGUGAACGAGGGUUAUAACGAAUCCUGUUUAGAACUUGCAGAAGAAUUAGCGAAUCAGACUCCUGUGCGGUUGGACGUUUUACUAUCGCUGGCUCCACCAUCUGUAACAGCUGAUCAGAUGGUAGUGGGGACCGGACAAGAAGAAGCCAAACCUAAAGAACGAAUACAACGAAGUCACUCGGUUGGUUCCAUCAUUGAUAUCGGAGGAACAGAAGCUGAACGACGAAUAUUAGACAUGGUAGCUGCAGGCGGAGAAGCAGCACUCAUGCCCUCUCCAACGCGUACUAUUACCCCCUCUGAAAAUAGUCCUGCACAACCUAAGCGCAAAUUGGAAUCGACCGUAUCUACUGAAAAUGCUACCGGAAUUGUGAAGAAAAAAGAAAAAGCCAUCGAUCGGUUGAAACAAAACCACUCGCAACCUGUGAUCCCAGAACUGAUGGACGUUGAAAAUCUACCUUCAGCGUGUUUAUCUAGUUCAACUUUUGCCAUAGAAUCAACCACAGCGGAAACAAAACCUGCUGAGGACACAAAUUCAACUGAUAACACUCCAACUGCUGCUCGAGAUGUGCUAGAAGACCUUCAAAAUCUUGAAAACUUAUGUGACGAAUUGUUGCAGGAAACGAAUACUCCGCCUAUGACAAAGGAUACAUCACCCGAAGAACCAACGAUAGCGCCAACAGAAAUUCAAACUGAUACUCUAUCAACACCAUCAGUAGAACCGUCAUCCAAAACCGUAUCCGGCGUUAAGGCAAGGUUAGAAAAACUCGAAAAGGCUGAUAAACCACCUGAUAGGGUUCCUUACAAGAAAGUAUUCAACAAAAAUAAAACUGCAGACCUUAGUUGUGCCAUCAAUCAAGUGUCCAAACAAGAUCAGGAAUUUGCUCAGAUAAAAUCGGCUUCAAACUUGGAACGCAAAAACAGUCUUCCAGAAGAGAACCUUGCGAAACCGGCCGAGCGACGAAAAUCGCGGAUACUAGAGACCGCAGAAAGGUUCCAAAACAUGAACAAUCAGAACAACGAUAAAUUCAAAAAAUUUUCUCUUCCCGGCACGCCAACCGUUGGAAACUAUAAGAAGGAGUUCGAGCGCAAGGCCUCGAUGCAAAAUUCUGCUUCAUCCGGUGCUCCAUUCAAGCCAUCGCCAUACGAAAUACAUCGAAAAAUGGAACAUGAAUUACCCUCGCCCAGCAAUAGUUGCCAAAGUAGCGGUACUGAUUUACAAGCACCACUUUCGCCAAAUGAAGAUAAGUUCUCUAGUCAAGAUUUCAGAACUGAUUUAGAUGAAGUGAAAGCUAGUGACUCUAAGAGCUCUGUUGGCAGUUUCUCAUUGGAGGAAGCACGACGAUCGAUGGAGAACUCGAUCGCCUUACUUAACAAGGUUCGCACUGAAUCUAAUCCUCUUGAUAGUCUUUGUGCCAAAACGGAAAAUGUGUCCGUUUCCGAGGAGACUGAGCGUGAGCGAAAAUUGAAAAACGCCCGCGAGAUAAUAAGCAAUGCAAUCCCAAUUGGCCGACUACGGAAACCACCGAUGCCUUUUGGGGCCAAUGGCCGCUCAGCUACCGCUGGGAUCGGUCUCAGUAGUUCAGCUUCUAAUAAGCAGUUCCGAUACGGUUCAGAGAGCAUUGAACCCAAAUUUGAGACUAUGUCUGUGCCUAGAAAAGUAUCUGUAGGAAAUAUUCCUACACCAUCUGUCGAUGAGACUAAAACAUCACAUGCUGAAAUUACUCUCAAAUCAGCGACUCUACCGAGAAGAAAAAUCGGCAAACAAGAAUCACAUCCCGACACACAAAUCAAGAACCAGUCACAGCUGCCAACGUCACAGCUCUCAGCAAUGCGAUUUUCCACCGAAAUGCAGCAUCAGGUACCAGACCUCCGCAGUGCGCCUAUUCGCGAGCAUCCAAUUGCGUUCACUGUUCAACAGCGUGCUAAUAGUCUGGAACCGCAAGUCAAAGAGCAAUCCGUCCCCAUUCAGAAACCACCGACGUACCAACGUGCGACAACGAGUACGUUUGGCUCUACACGUGGUUCUCUUUCGCGUCAGUCCACCAACGAUUCCAACGAUUCGGAUACGACAAUAUCACAGGGCCAAAUUACUGGUAACAUUACAUCAAACAACAGUGCUGCUAUCAUGCCCAUCAAAAAGAGUCCACGUGAAUUCAUAAUUCCAAUCGCCGUUGAGGGUGGUGGGUUUGUGACGCCAAGGGCCAACAGUCUUGAACCAUCAGAAUCGAGCACAACGACUACAUCUCCCGGUUUCAAUUCAAAAUCACGUAUCGGGCGUCCACGUAAGAUAAGUUCAUUGCUAAGUGACAAAGAUACCGAGGAAGAAUCACCAUUCUUAAGAAUGAAUCGUCAUACAUCAUUAGGAAGGGAAAGCGAUUCUGAGGAGCCACGUUUUCACACGAUGCACCGGUUGAGGAGUUCACGUCCCUCGCAACGCAGCACGGUGGAGAUAAAUGAUUCGGCCAGCUCAGGUGAAGAAGAUGACGACGACGGUUUUGAAAUUUUGACUGCGGAAAAUCUUUUCUCAACCUUACUGUCGAGGGUACGGGCUUUAACUAAUCGACUCAACGUCAAUGAAUCAAACGCAACUGGUUUUCCAUCAUCGCGGUUAUUGAGUAAUAUCAGACAGUCGCAAGCUCCGUUCUGGCACCAUCAUGACCCUUUUUCAAGCCGACUGAACGGAGGGAAUUCAAGUUCAUGGCGUCACAGCAUAUCUCGUGAUCUCAGCUCGGACAUUGAUUCAAUGUUUUCGCGCUCUGGAGCAACACUUCCUAGAGGAAAAAAAUAUAGGCCACAAAACAAUGAAAACAACAAUCUUGAUGUUACUAACAGUAACGGUUCCAAAUACAAUAUCAACAAUAAUAAUCAACAAGCAUCGAAAUCUUCUAAUCGAAAUAGUGACAAUAGUAGAAGUGAUGCAAGUCGAUCUGGGAACGGCUGCCAAAAUAAUGUAAUUAAUAACAAUAUUGUAUAUAAUGAACGAACCACGAUAGAGACAGAAACUGAAAAGCGCGAGGAAUUAUUGGACCUAAGAGAUUUGGAUUUAUCACAAUUACGUCUAUCAAAAAAGGAUCUGGAAGCACUAUCGAGUAUAACACCAGCUUUGUCUCAACGAGUACAAGAGCAACUUCUGGCGCAGCUUCCCCCUCAACAGGCAAAGAAGCUCUCCAGAACUUUGUCUAUGCAAAACGGAAAUAAUGUUAUCAGUCCGCAUUCGGCAGAUUCACGAGUAUACAGGCGAAGUGCCAGUAGUACAGCAGAUCGAAACGUAGAUAACAACGAUCAUCAUCUAUAUGGUACAAGAGAUAAUGUCACUCCAACGAAUGAUCUAUUCGAAAACAAUACUUGGAUGUCGAAGCGAAUUUUAAGCACCACAGACGAGAAUUCUCGCAGUUCCAGUAACUCAAUGGAUUUAGCUUCUCCAACGACUUAUAGCGAAGAUUUCGGAACAUCAUCCUCUCGUUUCCCGUAUGUAAAUGCGAGCCAUGAACGAUUCCGUUUAUCCGAACAGUAUACACCAUACUCGUCGAAUUCGAAUAGUAACUCUGACUACGAAAGAAGCAAAUCAUUGGAUUGCGAUAAAAAGUUAGUUAAAUUUGAGUUUGUACCAUCUCAGGUGGCUUGUUUAAGCCCAACAAACGAAAGCUCCAGACGACCGCCAAGUGGUUGUAUCUCACCUCCGCCGAUAUCUUCAUCAUCCAGUUAUUCAAAUCAGCGAUCAAUCAAACGAAUUUCAAGGUUUUUGCGUCCGGACUUUUUCGAUCCUCCAAAAGAAUCGAGUGCACAAGAUAUAUUAAAAAAGGAAUUGGAAACUCAGAAAGUCUUAAGAGAGAUACGAGAAAAGAGUCGCGAAAGACACGACCAUAAUGACAAAAACGUAGAUCGAUUAAGUUAUUUCAUGGAAAAAUAUAAAGAAUGUGGCCCAAAUAGCACCGCAUAUAGCCGAAAUAGCGUAUAUGAUAGGGACAAUGUUUCGAAACAUCGCGAUGCGUUCGAUUCUCAGCUGCGUAGAAGUUUGUCUAGGCAACGAGAAGUUAGCACAACUGCCCUAAACAAUAGUUCGAGUUCAUCUUCUGACAAAAUGUUCGACGAUCUUCGCAAUUCUUCACAAAUGCAUGGAUUUACCAGAGAACAGUUUCAAUCCAAUGAUUUGGCUACAGUCGAAUCUGUCCCUAAAACGGAAAGCCGGGUAACCCCAGAAAGAAGUAUAAAUACAAGUCGCAUAACCCCUGAAUUCAGCACGACUACAAGCUGUGUGGAGUGUAGCAGUUCUUUAGCGAAAUUAUCUCAGCAAAAGCUUUCAAGUGAUAUUACUUCUCAUGAGCCUAUCACAGAAACGAUUGCUGCUGCCAAAGCAGUAAAAGUUAAAAAAAUGAAGAUGAAACCAAAGCUAGAUGCCGAUGGGAACCCAGUGACAAUAACGGUGAAAAAGAUUAAAAGAGCUGUUAAACCACCGACAGAUAAUUCUUCUUCCGUAGCACCUGUUUCAGAGGAAAAUAGCCAGCAAGUGAAAGAUUUGAAUGGCAUAUCCAAAGUAGUUAUGAAAAAUACAAAAUUAGUAAGGCCGAAAUCGUAUCCAUCUAAAGAUCCUGAAAUGCUAAUGCAUUUGGCAUCAGCAGAUCUACCAUUAUCCAACUCCAAGCCGACUACAAAAAAUAAUGGCUUAUCGGCUCCAAACGCUACAUCAAGUAACACUGCAACAUCAGUCAGCAAAAUUGCCAGGCCAAAAAGUUUUCCUAACUCCAAACUAACUCCACCUAAAGAAUUAAAGAGUUUCGACGAUAAUUCUGUUUUAGCAUCAAUUUCAGAAAAAAUUGAAGAGAAAAAAUCUGAGGAAAUGCCAAUUACAGGAGGCAAAUCUACUAGUAAACUCACAAUAAUCAAAGAGAAAUCUUCUUUGUUACCCACAGUUCAGACUGCUGCAGAAGGAGCUACAACUACAAUUCCUGGAACAACUAAGAAGGUCCGUAAGGUAAUACGCAUUGUUAAAAAACCAGUCGCUCCAAAGAACGAAACUAGUGGAAACAAGAGUUAUGCUGACAAAGACACGAAUGAAGUCUCAAUUGUGUCAGAGAGAACUAGCGAUGCCAUAGAACCAGCAGAAGUUAAUGGAAGGCUUAUUGAAACGCCCGAGCAACCUGUGAAGGAGAAAUUAAGCUCUCCUGAAAAAAAAGUUAAACAGGGCUUUUUAGCCAGUAUUGGACAGAAGUUGGAAAAAUUCAGGGAAACUAGUAAAAUAAUAAAAGAGAAGAAAAUCACCACAGAAAAUAAAACUGAAAUCGAAAACGAAAUAAUAGAAAAGGAAGAUAACUCGCGUGUGACAAAUACGAAAAAAGAGAAGAAGAAAUGCCGGAGUAUAACGAAUGCCACGGUUAUUCCAGAUAAUGCUCUCAUAACUGAGAAUAUCCGAAAAUCUAGAAUUGAUAAAGUCAUAAGGAAUCUGCGAGAAAUGUCUGUGCCACGAACAUCAGAACUUACAGAAUCUAAUCUUAUCAAGCGAGCUGUCAGUGUCGAAGAAAUGCCGGGAACAUUCAACAAAUGCGGUGUCAGUAAGGUACUAGGGUUUUUUAAAAAAAUUGAAAAGGAUACAAAAAAUAAUAAAAUUCUCAAUACCAAGUCAUCUAGUCAUAUCAAUACGUUAGAUGUAGCUGCGCUGGACACCAUUGCCACUGCGGAAAAUAUCGAAACGAUACACGAAGAGGAGCAGGAAAAGAAAAGACCUAAAUCAGGCAGCUAUGUUAGCAAAAUACGAAGACCCUACAGUGGAGCAAGGAGUGACACUAUGCUCACUGUGACCGAGCAACAGUGUAAGUCCAGUAGUUUGACACAUGCACAGCAAAAUGGUGACUUCCAGACACAAAUUUCUGUUAGGUAUAAUUGUCCGGACUGUAAAAAAGAAGAUUCUAGUACAGAUAUUUCAAAAUGGCAUUCCUCUACACCAUCUGGCGCUAAACAUCUCUUGCAGGACGAGAAAGGACGCGUCAAAUGUAAUCGCCAAGCUUUGACGUUGAAUUUUAGUAAGCUUGUAGAAGAUCGCAGCGGACCAGGCAACAACAAUAACUACUACCCUGCCCCACUACCCAAUGAAGUAAACAACUAUUCACCUUCCACAAAUGGUAACACCAACAACAACAAUACAACGGACAUAAACAUGCUCACUCCAUCUUAUGAUAGCAUCACAAAUUUCUCGUCUGGAUCUAGAAGUAGUCCUUUCGAUGACUGUAACUCUUCCAGCACUUUCAUGUCUCCAUCCGAAGAACACUUUGACAAUUGGUCAGUCUAUUCUGAUGACCAUAACAUGCUUAGCGCUUCACCCUCUGUUACGCGAUUAUCCAGACUAACCUAUAUGAAUUCUGUCUCUCCGGUAGAUAACGAUUCCGAAAGCGUUAUUGAAAGGAUACGUCGUAAAAGUUUCUACACUAGAUUCAAUGACAAAAAGCCGAAAGCUAACACUAUCAUGGUACCUGGUACUUCAAAGGAAUAUCGCGAUAAAUCCUUUCCCAUAGCUGGGUCCUCGUCCAUUCGAUUGAAAGAGUAUGGUAAGUCAUCCUCAUCUUCAAUUGCAAGCGCUUUGUCUGGUGCUGAUCGUAAAAAGAACAACUACGAUUAUUAUCCGUCGCUCAUCCGGACACCAAGUGUCUCCAAGAAUAAAUACGCGGAUUCGAUUGAUGGCUAUUCCAAGCCAUUGCUUGGCAAUAGUGAUCAUCCUUAUCACCACUAUCACCAUCACUACCAUCUUCCUAUGUCUAACUCGUCACGAAAGUUGAAUUUCUCUAAUAACGACCCUUCAGACAAACCCAACUACAACACUUCUGCUGGUAAAUCAUUGUUGAGAAAUACAUACUACGAAAUAACGUCACCUUCGUAUUAUGCCACAUACAAUCCGAGACGGCGAUCCUCGUUUACCAACAAUAUCACAGCAGCUAAUCUAACCUCAUCCUCUUCGUCAAUAGCAUUAGAUAGUGCCAACACAGGAAAAGAGGCAGCACCCGGAAUGACAACAUCCUCCUCGUCUUCUACAACGCUGUCCGCGUCGGAAGGGGGUGCCACUCUGAGCAGCGGAUCGCGCAAACUUCGACCAUACGACAACAGAAGUAUAUCAAUGCUUAAUUCCUCGUCGAUCCGAGAAUAUCGCUUGGGUGGAUAUGACACCUCAGAGUCUGCCAGGAAUUGUCGUCUCAGAAACACAUCAAUACCUCGGAAUCCCACCAAUGUAUAAUAGUCAACAUCCGAUGAAGGCAUUGUUUAUAAGGAUUCUUAUUUAUAAAACAUGUAAAAAAAUGAAUGAAAAAGCAAGCAAUUAUAGGUGUUAUGUUAGUUACUAGAGCAAAACAUUUCAAUAAGUACUUAGUAAAAUUACUUUCCAGUGCCAAAACGUGAGAGCAGAACAAUGGUUGAUCCCGUCAAGUUUAUGCGAGAGAGAAGAACAAGACAGAAAGAGAUUUUAUACAUUUAUUUCAGUUUCACUCUAAUAUCCAAGUAUGAACACGUUUUAAGAUACCAGAAACUCUAUGUUUGAGUUAAAAAAGAACACGAAUGUAAUAAAGUAAUAAAAUAUUUGAUCCAGUAACGAAAA